GUCAAGGACUCACCCAACUGGAUCUAUCACAGAACUGGCUCAAUUCAGUGCCAUCCAGUGCUUUGAAAAAUCUUCACCAUCUGCUAAUCCUGAAUCUGAAUCACAACAAGAUCAGUGCCCUACACGCCAAGGCCUUCGAGGGUUUGGAUACACUAGAGAUACUCAUCCUAUUCGAGAACAAGAUCACCACCAUAGAUCCCGAUACCUUCAAAGGCAUUGAAAAGAAACUGAAGAGAUUGAACCUGGCUGGCAACGAAUUGAAUUCGGUGCCACAAGCCGCUCUUUCCAUUCUCUACAAUCUCAGGAAGCUGGAGCUCCAUGAAAAUUCCAUAUCUACUGUUUCGGAAGGGGACUUCGAAG